CUGCAGCAGCAGAAGUUGCUCCUCGGCUCCGGGACUCAACAGUCUCUCAACUUUCAAACCAAUCCGUUACAUUUGGACCUGGCGGCUGAAGCGGCGGGAUGGAGCCCGACACGACAUCACCGGAUGCAGCCGAAGAACUCAGAGACGUUCGGAUCAAGACGGAGCCUGAUGGAGACGUGGAGAUCCAAUCAUAUCCCAUCCUCAAGAAGCUGUCUGUCAAACUGACCGACUGCAGGGUGUGGCUGGAGGGGCGGGACUUCCUGUCUUUGGACGAUCACCCUUACCUCUGUGACCAGAGUCCGAGGCAGGUCCGGCCCACAAACACUGGCAGGAAGAUGGUCUACUGCUCUGAGUGUAAGAAAGGUUUCUACAAGAGGUCUCACCUGGAGGCUCACCUGAGGAUCCACCGAGGACUGAAACCCAACGAGUGCUGGCAGUGCGGGAAGACCUACCCGACCCUGAUGAGCCUCGUCAUCCACCAGCAGAUCCACGACCGCAAGGAGCCUUACCGGUGCUCGUACUGCGACAAGACCUUUGCUCUGAAGAGGGACUGGAAGACCCACCAUAGGACGCACUCUGGGACCAAACCCUUCAAGUGCUGGUUCUGCGGGGACGGCUUCGAUGAGCAGGACGAGCUCACCGAGCACCUCGAGGCGCACAAGGGGGAGAAGUGCUACCACUGCAAAGUCUGCGACAAGAUGUUCGUCUCCUACCAGGGCUUCAACUUUCACCGAAAGUCGCACAGGAACCAGAAGCUGCUGCCCUGCCCUAAGUGCAUGAAGACCUUCAGCAACCCCCAGAGUCUGAAGCUCCACCAGGUGACUCACUCCAACAGGAAGCCGCAUAAAUGUCCCACCUGCGGCAAAGGCUUCAAGCUGCAGAGCGGCCUGCACUGCCACCAGAGGACCCACGAGGACGUGAAGGACUACCACUGCACCGAGUGCGGCAAGUGUUUCUCCAGCCUGCAGGGUCUGAAGCUGCACAACCGCACCCACACCGGACUGAAGCCCUACAAGUGCACUGAGUGCGGGAAGAGGUUCACCCAGUCCCCCCACCUCAAGUCGCACAUGGUCACCCACACUGGAGAGCGGCCGUUCCUCUGCACCACCUGCGGCAAGAGGUUCACCCAGUCGUCCCACCUGAGGUCCCACAUCACGCUGUUCCACGUGGGCGAGAAGCCGUUCACCUGUGACGACUGCGGGAAGAGCUUCACCAUCGCCCACUACCUGAAGAUGCACCGGCUGAGUCACACCAAGGAGAAGCUGUACCAGUGCUCGUACUGCGAGAAGUCCUUCUCCUACCACAACUCCUGGAGGGCCCAUGAGAGGAUCCACACCGGCGAGCGUCCGUUCAGCUGCCAGGACUGCGGCCAGAGCUUCAUCACGUCAGGGUCGCUGCUGAGCCACCAGAGGUCCAAACACACUGGAGAGAAGAGCCACUACUGCAUCACCUGCGGAGAAUUCUUCUUCACCAGCUCGCUGCUGCGGGUCCACCAGCUCGACCACACCGGAGAGCGGCCGCACGCUUGCAGCUGCGGCAAGACCUUCAAAACCAAAGGGGUGCUGCGCUACCACCUGAAGAGGUUCACCGACCACCGGCCAGCCCAGUGA